CCCGGACUAUGAGGAGCGGGACCGGGCGGGGGGCGGCGGCAGCGGCGGCGGCGGCCCCGGUGCGGCGGGAGCGGGAGCGGGGACGGCUCCGCCGCCGGCCGGGUCAUGCCCGUGCGCCCGGGGCGGCGGGGCUGCGGGCUGCGGCGGGAUGGGCGCGCUCCGGGCCGGUGCCCUCGCCUUCCUCCUCCUCCUCCUUCUCGGCUGCCUCCUGCCCCGGCGCGGCCCGCUCAGGCUGGUCUCAGGGCGGGAGGAGAUUAAAGCUGCUUCCCGAAGCUCACCCCAGCCCAUGUCACCCUCUGAUUUCCUGGACAAGCUUAUGGGACGAACAUCAGGGUACGAUGCCCGAAUUCGACCCAACUUCAAAGGUCCACCUGUCAACGUGACGUGCAACAUCUUCAUCAAUAGCUUUGGCUCCGUCACCGAGACCACCAUGGACUACCGGGUGAACGUGUUCCUGCGGCAGCAGUGGAACGACCCCCGCCUGGCCUACCGCGAGUACCCCGACGACUCCCUCGACCUCGACCCCUCCAUGCUCGACUCCAUCUGGAAGCCAGACCUGUUCUUUGCCAACGAGAAAGGGGCCAAUUUCCAUGAGGUCACCACCGACAACAAGCUGCUGCGCAUCUUCAAGAAUGGCAAUGUGCUCUACAGCAUCAGGCUGACACUGAUCCUGUCCUGCCCCAUGGACCUCAAGAACUUCCCCAUGGACAUCCAGACAUGCACCAUGCAGCUGGAGAGCUUUGGCUACACCAUGAACGACCUCAUCUUUGAGUGGCUGGAGGAACAGGAGGCUGUGCAGGUGGCAGAGGGCUUGACACUCCCACAGUUCAUCCUCAGGGAUGAGAAGGACCUGGGCUAUUGCACCAAGUACUACAACACAGGCAAGUUCACCUGCAUUGAGGUGAAGUUCCACCUGGAGAGGCAGAUGGGUUACUACCUGAUCCAGAUGUACAUCCCCAGCCUGCUCAUUGUCAUCCUCUCCUGGGUCUCCUUCUGGAUCAACAUGGAUGCGGCGCCAGCCCGAGUGGGCUUGGGCAUCACCACGGUGCUCACCAUGACCACACAGAGCGCCGGCUCCCGGGCCUCCCUGCCCAAGGUGUCCUACGUGAAGGCCAUUGACAUCUGGAUGGCCGUGUGCCUGCUCUUCGUCUUUGCUGCCCUGUUGGAAUACGCAGCCGUCAACUUUGUCUCCCGCCAGCACAAGGAGUUCAUGCGCCUGCGCCGCCGCCAGCGCCGCCAGAGGAUGGGCCUGAGCAGCGGGACGGCCAGCCUGGAGUCCCUGCGGCAGCUGAGCAGCCGGCACAGCAGCGAGCACACCUACGCGACGCUCUCGCAGCUCUCCAGCUCCCGGGAGGAAGAACUUGUCCGCGAGAGCCGCUUCUACCUGCGAGGCUACGGGCUGGGCCACUGCCUGCAGCCCAAGGACGGGGCUGGGGAGGGCCCCAGCAUGUACAGCCCCGCUCCAGCCACUCCAGCCACGCUGCUGCGGGAGGGGGAGGCCCUCCACAGACGCUACAUCGACCGGGCCAAGCGCAUCGACACCAUCUCCCGAGCUGUCUUCCCCUUCACCUUCCUGGUCUUCAAUAUCUUCUACUGGGUCGUUUACAAAGUGCUGCGCUCAGAGGACAUCCACCUGGUGCCCUGAGGCCUGGAAAAGUACGACUGCCUGUCUGUCUGACCCUCUGCAGUGUGCCCGGGCAACACAAGCUCAGCCAGAACUGUAUUUGCCUCUGUCCCAGAGCAGCAGCUCAGCUGGGCUGGGCCUCAGAGCCUGGACACGUGGCAGCCCAUUCCCCACUGGAUCCCAGGGCACCAAGCGGGGGGAUCAACAACUGCAGGUCCCCACAGUCAGCUGGAGAGAGGGACCCUUCCUACUUCCUGCAUGGUGUCACCCCCAGGUACCCAGGGAUGCUGAUCUGCUGGGGAAGCCCCAGGUACCCAGGGAUGCUGUGCUGUCAGGGCACACAGGAACAAAUACUACCCAGGAAUGCAGUGCUGGAUGGCACAGGGGAGCCCCUGGUACUCUGGCAUGCUGCACAGACAGUGGCCAAAGAACAUCACCUUCCAGAAAAAUACUCUCCCCCUCCACACCUACCCAGUUAGGCUGUGGCUUCUCCAGGCUGCAUCAUGGAGCUGAGGACCAUGAGCAGUGAGGGGGGAGGCUGCAGUUCUCUCUCCUCUAGUCUGGAGCUCGGUUGCAGGAAAGGCUGGACUGUAUGGGGUGCUGGCUAUGGCCCCAUAGCCCCCAGCCCAGCAAUGGACAGGGCCCCUCCAGCCCCCUUCCAGCUCCAACGCACAGCAAAGCAGUGGAUCAGGGAUGCUUCCCUCCCUGCACAGCUCACAGGGACCUGAAUACCCUCCAUGCUUAGCAGGAAAUAAAAGCAGUAGGUGAUAUUUAUGUAGGUCCUACAGAGAGAAACGUGUUGAUGCUCUCCUUUCCCUCUGCCCACAGUCAGCCUGGGGGGGCUUGCAGCCCAUCCCCUCCAUGGCAUGGGAGCCAGCGAAGGCUCAGAGUCUUCCAGGUAGGGCAGGAUGGAAACAGGAUUUUCCCCUUUCCCUGAAGGCUGUGGUGCCCCCAUGGCCCAGCAGUGACCUACCUGUCAUGGCAGAAUGGACCCUGCAGGGCAGGGGGAUGUGGGCAGGAGGCCAGCACUGCCUUCUGAAGCCAGAUCCAGGAAGAAACCCCUGCUAUGACCCCUGGCCUGGCUCCUCAGGCAGGAAUCACCCUUUCCCUCACAGGACUGGCAGCAUCGCCCUGCCCCACCCGACCCCCUGAACCCCAUAGAGUCCUCAGCCACGUGCACCCAUUUCACAGAUUGGGCAAGCAGAGAACUGGCCCCAGGCCACGCCACGAGAGGACUGAGGGACCCACGAGGACAGGCUGGGUCAGCUCCAUCCCAUCACCACCUCUGUGCAUGCCUCCCCCACCGUGGGGUUCCCUGUGGGGCCCCACCCCGAGUCCAGGCCGGACUCACUUGGGGAGGCCCUGUUUGGAGGCAGAGGAAGGGGUGUCCCUCGGCUCCCCAGCACCCAAGGCAGUGCCAAAUGGGGAGGUACCAGAGUCUGAGCAGCACCCACAGGCACUGGGCAGCCACGCCAACCUCCAGCAGUGGUGGGUUUUUAAACAGCAUCGAUCUUCCUACGCAAAUAAAGCUUU